GGCCAUGGCGGCGCAGCGGCGGUGCCGGGAGGUGUCCGGGCCGGGCCCGCACUCCGUAGCGGUGAGAGCCAAGCCUCCUAAAGAGCAAAGAAAUGAAAAUUUUGUCUUGGCCUGGAGACAGAAAGAAAAGGAACUCCUUGAAAAUACUAAAUUAAUAAAGCUGUUCGACCAGUACUGCAAGACCUGCAGGUGGCAGCAACAGAAAGAACAGAAGUGGCUGAACAGUGCUGUGCAGAGAAAGGUUGAUGUGGCAAUGCAGGAGUACCUCGCUGGGGUUGAUGAGAGGAGAAUGAGGCUUUGUGAGCUUCUGGAAGCAGAGGAAAGUAGGUACUAUGCUGAAAUGGAGGUGCUUGAAGAAACAGCACAGGAGAAACAAGCAAAGAUUAGGGAGAGAGCAAAAUUACUGAAAGAGAAAAGAGAAGAAGAAAGACAGCAACUGGUGGCUGAAAAACGAGAGCAGCAAUUCAGAGAACAAUCCGAAGAGCUUCGUACACUGUGGAUGAAGAAGCAUCAGAAGGAAGUGUCUGAAGACCAGCUGGCUCAGGUAGCACUGAAGAAGGAGUUGGAAAAGCAGCAGAAGAAGGAAGAGCAGAUGCUUGAAGAGCUUUUGAAAGAGGAUAUGUUAGCAAAGGAAAAGCAAGAGGCAUUGAAGGUGCGGAAAAUAGCAGAACAGAAUCGGGAAACUCUGAAUGCACUCAAUGCCCAGGUAGCAGUGCUCAAGGCUCACAAAGAGGACGCAAAGCGGCUGAAGGAGGAAGAGGCUCGACUGCUGGAAGAAGAGCAGCAACUGCUUAAACUAGAAAAUGAACAACUUCAGGUGAAGAAACUGCAGAAACAGAGGGAAUGCAGGGAUGUGUUGCUCAGUGCAGCACAGGACAGGAAGAAUCGUCUUAAUGAAGAAAAACAAAUUGAACUUGCCUUAGAGAUGAAGAUCUUAGAAAAAGCUCUUCAGGACCCCCAGGAGAACAUUGAGAAAGCAAGAAGAAAACAAGAGCUCUUAAAGGAGCAGAAGGCUUACCUGGCACACCUGGCUCAACAGCUGGAGGAGGAGAGACAGCGACAAAAAGAAGAGGACAAGAUCAUUGAUGAGGAGAUAGUGGAGAUUUGGGACAAAAAGGCUGAAAAAUUGCGACUAGAAAAGGAGGCUAGAAAGCAGCUCCUGAAUGAUGUCCUAAAUACAAGACAACUGCAGAUUGAGGAGAAGUUGCAGAGAAAUGUAAAGAAGCACGAAGAACUCGCUCAGGAGAAGAAGUUACUAGCUGAAGCAAUCACUGAACUCAAACAUACAGAAGAAGAAAAAUAUGCAAGAAAAAUAAAAGAAGCAAAAGAAUACCAAGAGCAACUCAGGGCUCAAAUGGCCUACCGGCAACAGGCCCGUGAUGCUGAGCAAGAAGAGAAGCAACAAGAUUAUGAAUUGAACCUAGAAACAGAGAGAGCUUACCAAGAAAAGGUACAAGACAUUCUAUCAACACCUCGUGAGAAAGUAGCAAAAACCCACCCUUUCAGAAGAAAACUAAUGUCUUAAUUCUAAAGAAGAUCACUCAGUAUGGUAUUUUAGCACCCUCAGUUGCCUCUAAAAACAUUUUCUAAAGAUGUUUAUAACUGACUUGAGUAAGUAGACCCCUCUCCACUGUGAUGCUCAAAAAAUUUAACUGGAAAAUACAAGAAAUAGUAUUUUACUUGUACAAGAAACAAAUAUUUUAAAGGUAAUUUUUUCCAUGUAGAUUUUUACAAAAUGACUAAUCCAGAUCAAAGUGUGUGUCAUUUUAAUAUGAGACUAUUGUAUGUUCUGUGCAGUAUAAUAAUGGAUUAUGGCACAAAUGGUAUGUAGGCAUCCUUUAAAAUCUGCACAAAGAAAACUUGUAUAAGAGUUUUAGCAAACUUUUAUUAAAGUGCCUUUUGAACUGCAAA